CUCCUUGUUUCUCUCUCAGUAUUACCGCGACGGAGGCAAGCGAAAAAUGUCGACUCUGAAAGAGAUCCUAACCCGGCGGCCGGUGGCGGCCACGAUCCGCCUUACAGUUCCUGCCGGUGGCGCUCGCCCUGCACCACCUGUGGGUCCAGCACUGGGUCAGUACCGACUGAAUCUCAUGGCCUUUUGUAAGGACUUCAACGCGCGAACCCAAAAGUACAAACCGGACACGCCGAUGGCCGUCACCAUUACCGCCUUCAAAGACAACACCUUCGAGUUCACCGUCAAGUCUCCCUCCGUCACGUGGUACCUCAAAAAGGCCGCCGGCGUCGAUUCAGGAAGCAGCCGCCCAGGUCACGUUGUCGCCUCCAGCUUGUCCGUCAAACACAUCUAUGAGAUUGCAAAGAUUAAGCAAUCCGAUCCUUACUGUCAGUAUAUGUCGCUGGAGAGCAUUUCUAAGUCCAUUAUUGGGACUGCUAAGUCCAUGGGGAUUCAGGUUGUGAAGGAAUUGGAAUAGUGUCAUGGUAUGAAAUCUCACGUUACUGUUCUGAAUUCUUGGGUUUCUUUUGGUUGAAUUGUUUAGUGGACGGUUUUGGUUACCAACAUCUUGCUUGUUAGCUGUUCGACGAAUUGUGUCUGUGGGAAGUUCAUAGUUGUCUUUAAUUGUCUAGGCUGCCAAAGUGAAGAGAUUGGCUCUUUCUGAUUAGUUUUGCGCUUCAAUAAGUUCAGCAUUUAUUCUUCAAUCUCUCAUUUUCAAUGAACACUUUCGUCUUCUUGGGCUACACCAUCUGAAUUGCUUCUUAGCAUGAAUUAAUGUUAAUAAUGUUGGUAUGUGCUUUUUUGAGCAGCUUUUAAGUUUUUGUGCUAAUCUCAAUUGUUUUUAUAGGUGUUUUCAUUCUAGUUUAGUAGUUUAGGAAGUUGCUGUCGAGUUAUUCUUCCUCAAUGCAGAGCAAUUGAGUGAAUAGGCCAUUCUGAUUAGAAAUUGGAAAUUUACUUCUUUUAGGGGAGAGAUUCUAAACUUAUGUCUAUGAGCUUCAAUGCCUUUCAGUUCAUAUUGAUGAAUAACAGAAGUUUAUAGGCUCUAAUGUUGUUCUGAUUUAUAUUAGUUGCUUAUGAACUUUCUGGGAUUUUCACUGCCUUAGUCAUGUCUAAAUCUUCCUUCAUUAUUCAAUUAUAUUGAUUACAUUGCAUUUCUGAAAGUGAUACAUACGUAUGUGCUGCCAAGCAAUAUGAUUUUGUUGCUUCAAACUACUUCUGAAAUUAUGUCAAUGUUAAAUUAUGUAGGUUGUGAUGGUUUUUAGGGCAUACUCUUGAUUGUCUAUGAUAAUGAGUUGCACUACCGUUUUGUUUGUCAUACUGUGAACUGUAAUGAAGUGUUCGUAGGUAAGUUUUUGCUGCUCGGCAAAGCCAAUGUUGAACGACAUGAAGCGGAUGGCUGCCGGCGUCUUGGCCCCUCCCCUGCUAUCAAGAUCUUUUCUUUUGCUGAAAGUAAGAAAGGAGGAUUUUUUCA